AUGCUUCCGUUGCUCCUCUCCCCGCUCGCGCGCGCGGAAUCCGCGCUUCUUCGCCGCCCUGCGCCCUCUCCUGCGGCCGCCGCGCCCGCCGGGGACCAAGAGGUGAUAUGGGAGCUCCACGGUGACAGGUGGCGGCGCCUGAUUGGCGGAGACAGCAGCAGCAGCGCGAGCAGCAGCAAGGGGAAGAAGGGCCAGCUAGUGGUGGAAGUUGAACUGGAAGGCGAGGAAGCUGCUAACGCGUACGAGGAGGAACACGGACGCGUUGUAAAGGGGAUCGUUACAAGCACGGGGAAUGGCAACGGGAAGGCCGCAGGGGGUAGGGUUUUAGCGGGGGAGGAGGAUGAGCGGAGCAGAGGGGGGGAUAUGGUUGCGCGGGUGGUGAGGGGAGUGAAAGCGGCGGUGGUGAGAUGGAUGUUACCAGAGGGUUAUCCCGAUAGUGUGACUCCUGACUAUAUGGAGUACACAGUGUGGCGCAUGCGGCAAACAGUGGCGAGCGAAAUGAACCACGUGCUUACAACGCAGGCAAUGCUGUACGCGGUGGGGCUGGGCAAGGGCGCCAUCCCAGCAGCAGCCGCGGUCAACUGGGUCCUAAAGGACGGGCUGGGCUACGCAGCAAAAGUCACGCUCUCCCAGUUUGGCCGCCAUUUCGACGUCUCCCCCAAGCGCUCGCGCCUCCUCUCCGACCUCGUCGAGAACCUCUCCGCCUCCCUCGAGCUCCUCACCGCCACCUUCCCGCAGUACUUCGUUCAACUGGCUGCUGCAGCCGGGGCAGGGUUCUCUGCUUCCAGUCUCGUGCAGAGUGCCACGAGAAACCGGUUUUACGCCGGGCUGGCAGGCAGAAGAAAUUUCGCCGAGGUGCUAGCACGCGCAGAGGCACAGGGCAUGGUGAGCAAGACAUUGGGGAUGGCACUAGGCAUCGCCAUCGCUCCACACGUGGGCAACCGGGGCCCUCUACUCUGGGCGACUCAUGGCCUGCUGUCCGCCGCGCACCUGUUCUGCAACUACCGCUCGUACAAGGCUGUACAACUCAGGACACUCAACCCCUUCAGAGCAGAUAUUGUCCUGGCAGAGUAUGUGACCAAUGGCAGGGUGCCAGGUGUCAUUGACGUCAACUCACAGGAGCCCAUUCUGCCGCCCCUCAAAUCGAUAUUUUCGCCCAAGGACAAUCCACCACCAGCGCCUGGGACAGGGAGCGAGAACUGGAUCGAGUUUGGAGUGCCUUUGGCCGCAGUGGCGCACACAGAGCGGGAGGCAGAGACCAUGGCUGAUAUAUUCCGAGGAGAGAAGUAUUUGCUUGGGCGGGACGAGCGAACUGGACAGAUGCAGGUUGUGUUGAAGGAAGGAGCUCUCCCAAGGGACUUCCUCCGAGCAGCCCUCCAAGCCGCCUACCUGCGCACGCUCGCCCCACACUCCCUCUGCCCCACAACCCACUCUCUCGCCCCUCAAGCGCGCACCCACGUCCAAGCCCGCGCAGCUGAGUUCGCCUCGUUUGGGAAACUAGAGGUGCUGCAUGCUUCAUAUAACCGCAUGGCGGGGGGGUUUGACGGGUUGUGUGAGGAGCUGAGAGCGAGUGGGUGGCGCUGCGAUGAUGGCUUGCUGGCGCGGCCGGGGGAUUGGCGACUGCUGCUGGAAUCAGCUGAUAAGAGCAAGUGA